AUGAACUUUGGAAGCCAAACUCCAACAAUUGUGGUUCUUAAAGAGGGCACCGAUGCGUCCCAAGGCCGUGGACAAAUCAUUUCCAAUAUCAAUGCAUGUUUGGCGAUUCAGGACUCUUUGAGGCCCACACUAGGUCCAUUGGGUUCAGAUAUUUUGAUUGUGUCUUCCAACGGAAAAACAACGAUCUCCAACGACGGCGCGACGAUUUUGAAGCUUUUGGACGUGGUCCAUCCUGCUGCUAAAACUUUGGUAGACAUUUCAAGAGCUCAAGACGCAGAAGUGGGCGAUGGUACAACCAGCGUGACCAUCUUAGCUGGGGAGCUCAUGAAGGAGGCAAAACCGUUUUUAGAAGAGGGUAUUUCGUCGCAUGUCAUCGUCAAAGGCUACAGAAACGCUGCUAACAUGGCCAUCAAGAAAAUCAAGGAACUUGCGUCAUCGGUUUCCAGCGAUAAUGGAGCCAACAGAGAGCUGUUAGAACGCUGUGCCAGAACCGCGAUGUCCUCGAAACUCAUCAGCAGCAAUUCCGAUUUUUUCGUCAAGAUGUGUGUCGACGCUGUGUUGUCUCUUGAUCAGGAAGAACUGGACGAUAAACUGAUUGGGAUCAAAAAAAUCCCGGGCGGUGCUAUGGAGGACUCUAUUUUCGUGAAUGGUGUUGCUUUCCAGAAAACAUUUUCCUACGCAGGUUUUGAACAACAACCCAAAGUGUUCGAGAACCCUAAGAUUCUCAGCUUGAACGUGGAGCUGGAAUUGAAGGCCGAAAAGGACAAUGCCGAAGUACGAGUUGAACACGUCGAAGAUUACAAUGCUGUCGUGGACGCAGAAUGGAAAAUUAUUACCGACAAACUUGAACAAAUCGAACAAUCCGGUGCCAAUAUCGUGCUUUCCAAAUUACCUAUUGGUGACUUGGCUACCCAGUUUUUCGCUGACAGGAACAUCUUUUGUGCCGGAAGAGUUGCUGCUGAAGACAUGAACCGUGUGAUUUUGGCUGUUGGGGGUGCUAUUCAAUCGACAACUUCAGAUAUAAAACCGGAACAUCUAGGAACAUGCGAGCUGUUUGAGGAAACCCAGGUGGGUUCCGAACGUUACAACAUUUUCAAAGGCUGUCCGCAAGCCAAGACCUGCACAUUGCUACUGCGUGGUGGUGCUGAACAAGUCAUCGCAGAAGUGGAAAGAUCUCUACACGAUGCCAUAAUGGUUGUCAAACGAGCCAUCAAAAGUAAACUUGUCGUUGCCGGAGGCGGUGCUAUAGAAAUGGAGAUUUCGAAAUACCUAAGAGAUGAAUCUAAAAAAAUUGCUGGCAAACAACAACUGAUAAUCAAUGCUUUUGCCAAAGCUCUUGAAGUCAUUCCUAGACAGCUAUGUGAAAAUGCUGGACUUGACGCAACAGAUAUAUUAAAUCGUUUACGAAUGGCGCACAGUAAAGGUGAACAGUGGUUUGGCGUAGACUUCGACGCAGAAAGUAUCGGUGACAAUUUUGCCAAGUUUGUUUGGGAGCCUGCCCUUGUUAAGAUAAAUGCCUUGAGCAGUGCCACUGAGGCCACCAAUUUGAUUUUAUCUGUGGACGAAACAAUCAAAAAUAAGGAAAGUCAACCUGCUAAUGCCGGUAUGAUGCCUCCACAGGGUGGUGCCAGAGGUAGAGGGAUGCCAAUGCGUUAA